AUGUCCAAGAGAAACUCUUCUGCGGUGCUGAGACGCCAGAAAGACCUGAAGCGAGGCAUCCGGUUCACGGUCAUGGUGUGCGGGUGUGCAGGAACAGGCAAGACCUCGUUUGUCAACUCACUUCUCGAGAGAAACAUCCUUCCGCACAGGUACCAGUACCACAAGCCAACCGGCGGGGAGACGAUCCGCAAGACGAUUACGUUUGCCAACCUGAGCGGCGUGGUCUCGGACGCCACCGAGUACGAGAGAGUCUUUGACCCGGAAGUCGCGAGUCAGGAGCCUGGUAUCUCCAUCACAGAGACCUCUGUUGAGAUCCUCGACGAGGACGACUCCAAGCUGCUGCUGACUAUCAUUGACACUCCAGGCUUUGGCGACAACAUCAACAACGAGGUGUGUGCCACGGAGAUCAUCAACUUCCUCGAACAGCAGUUCGAUCUCGUCCUGGCAGAAGAGACCAGGGUCAGAAGAAACCCACGGUUUGUCGAUACCAGAGUGCACGUCUGUCUAUACUUCAUCACGCCUACAGGCCACGGGCUGCGCGAGCUGGACGUCGACACGAUGAAGAAGCUGUCGAAGUUCGUGAACGUGAUUCCUGUCAUAGGCAGAGCCGACUCGUUCACGAAAACAGAACUUCUCAAUUUCAAGAGAAACAUCAUGCAGGACAUAGACCAUCAUAAAAUUCCGAUCUAUCAGUUUGAGUACGACGCAGAUGACGACGACGACGUCGUGGAGGAAAACCGGUAUCUGAGCGAGAUGCAGCCGUUUGCCGUGAUCACCUCUGACGAAGAAGCAGAAAUCAACGGCGUCAAGACCCGCGUGAGAACCUACCCAUGGGGGUCCAUUGACAUCAACAACACCGAGUACUCAGACUUCCCGGUCCUGAAGUCUGUUCUACUCGGUUCCCAUCUACAGGACCUCAAGGACAUUACGCACGACUUCCUGUACGAGAACUACCGUACGGAAAAACUGAUGAGUGUCACCGAGCUUGAGGAGCUGCGUGCUGCGGAGGCCGGAGGAAUCGUGGAGCCGCCGUCGAUGUCGAACCUCGCCGACAUUGCGAACUCCAAGUCUAUGGCCAAGUUCGAUGCUCCUUCGCAGAGAGUCUCGUCCAUGCUGUCCACGGGAACCACAGGCACCACCAAGAUCACCAAGGACGGCAAGGUGGACUCCGUGGCCUCGAAGCUCAGCGCAACCUCGCUGACAGAGCCGCCAGAGAUCAUCAAGGGCAAGCCGGAAUCGGACUACUCGUUCCAGAAAGACGACGAGCUCACCUCGUUGGUAGAUGACAAGGGAGAGACGCCUGCGGAUGCUGGAUUGACGGGCUCAAACGCAGCAACACCGACCACGACGCCUCGGCUACCGAACUCUCCUUCUGUCUCGUCUCAGUACUCCGGGUCGCCGUCGAUCAACGCCAGACAGCUUCGUAAGAUCAGCGAGACCGUGCCUUAUCUGCUCAAGCAUGAGACUCUGAUGAGCAAGCACCAGAAACUGGAAGAACUGGAGCGCAAGUCUGCGCAAGAACUGGCUAAGCGUGCUGCGGAGCUGGAGAAGAAGGCCAUGGAACUGAAACAGAGGGAGAAGCUGUUGAAAGAGCAGCUGGCAAAGAAGGAGAAGCUGCUUUCCAAGGAGGAGCCUGCGGACACUACGGCGGAUACUACGAGCUUUGUGGCCGGAGACGACAAGGAGUAG